GAGUCAAGAAAGAGGAAGAGCAUGCCAUUAAUCCAAGGUUCUCAAGUACCAUCUGAACCCUUAGCAGCUGUUGUAAUAAUGGCUUGCAACCGCCCCGAGUAUCUUGAAAGAACAAUUGAAUCUGUCCUGAAACAUAGGAGUUCAGUGGCUUCAAAAUUUCCCAUUUUUGUGUCUCAGGAUGGAACAAAUCCAGAUGUAAAAAGGAAAGCUUUGAGUUACAACCAAAUAAGACAUAUUCAGCACUUGAAUCUUCAGCCUGUGCAUCCUGAGAGGCCUGGUGAAAUAGUUGCAUACUACAAGAUUUCAAGGCAUUAUAAGUGGGCCUUGGACGAGCUUUUUUUCAAAAAGAAUUUCAGUCGUGUAAUUAUAUUGGAAGAUGACAUGGAGAUUGCGCCAGAUUUUUUUGAUUAUUUUGAGGCCACAGCGACUCUACUUGACAAUGAUAAGAGCGUCAUGGCUGUUUCUUCAUGGAAUGAUAAUGGUCAACGACAGUUUGUUCUUGAUGCUGAGGCCCUUUACCGUUCUGAUUUCUUUCCUGGACUGGGAUGGAUGCUGACAAAAUCUACCUGGGUUGAACUGUCGCCUAAGUGGCCUAAAGCUUAUUGGGAUGACUGGUUAAGACUAAAGGUUGUACGUAAGAAUCGCCAAUUUAUUCGCCCGGAGAUCUGUAGAACAUUUAAUUUCGGUGAACAUGGUUCUAGCAUGGGGCUGUUUUUCAAGCAAUAUUUGGAGCCUAUCAAAUUAAAUGAUGCCCGUAUUAACUGGAAGGAAAUGGAUCUCGGUUAUCUAAAGGAGGGAAAUUUCUCGAAGCACUUUGCAAAAAUAGUUGCAGAUGCAAAACCCCUUUAUGGAGCAGAUGUCAUCCAACAGGCUUCUAACAUAGAUGGAGAUGUCAGGAUCAGAUACAGUGAUCAGUCUGAGUUCGAGAGAAUUGCACGCCAAUUUGGAAUAUUUCAAGAGUGGAAGGAUGGCAUCCCAAGGACAGCAUAUAAAGGUGUUGUCGUCUUUCGGUAUAAAACUUCAAGGCGCGUAUUUCUUGUUGGUCCAGCUUCUCUCAGGCAGCUUCAAAUAGAGAACAUUUGAGCCUUACCGCACAGCAAAUUCUGGAGCUUCUCUCUCUGAUUAUAAGAAAUCUGGCAAGCUGUUACAGUUCUGCAAAGCAACAUUUUAAGUUUCUGUAAAUACCAGACUUCGUCUUUAUCAUUUUUUGAAUGUUCUCUUAUGCUAUUUUAACACCAUAUGUUGUAGUAUUGUUAUUUUUACCAGAUAUUAAAUUAGCUAUAAAUGCAUAUAUCCGAUCAAUUUCAUUUCAUUUAAUUGACUUGAUUGGUAGCUGCCAUGCUAUCUAUUUAUGAAAAGAUGACUUUCACUUUCCGAAAGUUAAAAUGAUAGUAUUUUGGAUAU